CCCUCGUCGGUCCGCGUAGUAAUGCAUCCAAAUUCAAGCUAUAAGCUGCCGAAUAUGUUCUCACUUGUCUACCAUAUCUGCUGAAGCAAUGUUCUGAUCCUUCAACUUGAUUGUAUGCUGAAUGAUUGCCUCUGAUACCUAUGCAGUGUCUGAGGUACCUACAACCAACCUACAACUCGGACUUGCACGAAUAAGCGCCCAAUCCCCGAGGGCGCCGCCAAGCGCCAGGGCGCGAUCAAGCGAUGAGUACCACGUCUGUUUCACGCUCGCUGUGGCGGACAGUGAGCAUGGCCUUCCCCCACCUUGCCUCCCCCCAUCCAUCUUCCCUCUCCCUCCUAUCCUACUCCUCGAACGCUGAGACACCAUGGGCGGCUGCUGUGGCGAACCCGACGAGAAACUUGGGCAACCCACCAACUCCGAUCCCAAGCCCAAGCCCCCGAUCGUGAACCAGCAACCAGGCGCGCUACCCCCGCUCGAGAAACCACAGUUCCAGCCCCCCAGCCUGGGGUCCCCGCCUACUGCAUACUGCCAAACGACGCUCAAUGGAAACAAUGGAUACGAAAAUGGGAAUGGAGGGUACGGUGCGCCACCGAAUAACACUGGCUAUUCCCCUCCCCCAGAAGGCUGGGCUCAUACCCCGUCGCCCCCGCCAACGAGCCCGUAUACCCCGAGCAAUGGUCAUACCUCCAUGUAUGGCGCCCCUCCAGGCUUCUCGAAUUCAUCUAUGUCGCCGCCCAUGUCCCCGCCAGCGAGCCAGUUCACCCCAUACAGCUCGGCCGGAACACCCAAUCUGCAGCGCCCUCUAUCUGUUGUGCGCGCUGGCGCCUCGCCGCCGCCCGCCGCGCAUAUGAGUACACCCUCCAUGGCGAUGGAUGAGGGAAAGAUGUCCGUCGCCAUUGAUUUUGGUACCACGUUCUCCGGUGUGGCCUAUGGCUCGUCCCGCAUCGAUGGCGGACGCGUUAGGCAAAUCCUGCAUUGGCCAGGGUCGGACGAGACCUUCCGCAAAAUCCCGACGUGUCUGGUGUACGAUAUGUACGGACGAGUCUUGGCCUGGGGCCUCGAAGCAAAGAACAUGUCGCCUAUGGAGGGAACGAUCCGCUGCGAAUGGUUCAAGCUUUUUCUGGAGCCCAGCGCGCUGCGUGACCCCAACACUAUUGAUCCGCGCUUGCCACAAUUGCCCCCCGGCAAGAAAGCGCUAGACCUCAUCAUCGACUUCCUGGGCUGCCUCUGGGAGUACGCGAGGGAGCAGAUAACGCGCGACAUUGGCGCGGUCGCGGAUCUCAACUCGGCCGACGUCUGGCUCACCGUCCCCGCGGCCUGGGACGCGAGCGGGUGCAACAUUAUGCGCGAGGCUGCCAUCCAGGCGGGUCUUGUGGCGAGCGCACGGGCGGGGGACAAGGACUGGCGUGACCGGCUGCACAUCAUCACAGAGCCCGAGGCCGCGGCUGUUCACUGCGCUCAGCUGACGGACGUGCAUAAGUUGAAACCGUCGCAGACGUUCAUUGUAUGCGAUGCGGGAGGAGGCACCGUCGACCUCGCCGUCUACAGGAUUAUCGGCACGCUUGCGAACCUGGAGAUCGCGGAGAUGGCCGCGCGGAGCGGCGCGAACUGCGGGAGCCUCUUCCUCGACCUGCGCUUCCGCGAGCUCGUGAAGACGCUGCUGGAGGGCCACCCGGCUCACCUCGACGCACCGUCGCUGGCGAAUUUCAUGCACUCCUUCAGCGAGACGGACAAACUCGAGUAUCGUGGGAAGGCGGACGAUGGUAUGUGGGCGCGCUGUAUGGGGGCGGAACAGUCUGUUCACGCUCCGUUCACGCUGGCGGAACAGCCUAUUCACGAUACCGCUGCAGACACGUACUUCCACUUCACCUGCUUCAACGUCGAGGACCCGGACGACCCCGCCGUCGGGCUCGAGAACGGGCAGCUCGCCAUUCCUGGGCACGUCCUUAGGCGCGAGGUCUUCGCGCCCGUCGUCGACCAGGUUCUCCAACUCGUCGACAACCAGUUGCGGAAGCUCGACCGCGGCGUGGACGUGCUGCUGCUCGUCGGCGGCUUUGCGGGGAGCCACUAUCUGAAGGAGUGUGUCGAGGUGAGGAUAGGUCCUAUCACUGGCCCUGUAUUGCGGGCUCGUCCCUGUGCCCGUGUCCCUCCCUAUGUAUUGUAUGCUGAUAUUUUCCCUCCCAGGAACAAUUCUCCUCUAGAAUACGAGUUAUUGCCCGUCCUCCGGAUGCUGAUACGGCGACGCUGCGUGGUGCGGCGCGGUAUGGGUUGGCCCGAAGGCCGCUGGUGUCGAGCGUCGUUGCGCCGCGGUCGUACGUGAUGAAGGUGAAAUUACCCGCCGAGCAGGAGGACUGGAUGAAGCGGCCAGCAUACAUCACGACGAACAGCGCGGGAGUGGCGGUGUGUGAGAACCGGUAAGCUGCCGUUUGCUGUGGCCAGUGACUAGGGCGUUGACGCUGGCUGGUUAGGUUGCAAUACCUCGUCUCCAAGGGUGCGAUCUUGAGGAAAGGGUUCGUCUGAGAUGACCAUGACCUCGAUUAGUGCGGCGGCUGAUUAGUGCUUAGGCAGCGCGUGACGACGCGGUUCUGGUACGCGGAUCGUGAGAUGACGCAGAGGUGGC